AUGCAUUUCUCUACCUGUACCUUUCUCCCCCUCUUCUCUACAGUCAUUCAACUUGCCUCGGCUCACUUCACGGUCGAGUACCCAUACUGGCGCGGCUCCUCUUUCGCACCAACGGCUUCUCAAUGGAUAUUUCCGUGCGCCAACGUCUCUGAAACCACUGAUAUCAACAACCGCACCGCCUGGUCCCACGAAGGCGGCUCGCUGCGUCUCCAUGCCGGCCACCACUGGGCGCUUACCUACGUGAACCUGGGAAUCGGAACCAACGUUUCCGCCUUCAACAUCAGCCUCGUCGACCACUUCAACCAGACCGGCAAUGGCACGUUCUGCCUAAAGGAGACUGGCAAGGCAAACCUAGCUGCCGGUCUAGCGGCGGCGGGUCUGGAUGCGAGCAGUGCGGAGGGAUUGGAGGCGUCUCUGCAAAUUAUCCAGAUCAGCACGACAGGGGCGGCCCUUUAUAAUUGCGCGGAUAUCAAGUUCAGCGCGACGGCUGCUCUGCUCGCGGAUGACCAAUGCACAAAUUCGACUGCUGUCGGCGGUGUCGGUAUUCUCAAUGCGGAUGCUACGGCUGCUCAGAGCCCCUCGGGGACUGCCACAGGUGGUGCUGCUGCGACAAGCACGGGUGCUGCGGCCAAUCUGGCUUACUCGAGUGCUGGUGGUGUAGUUGCGGCUGCCGUGCUCGGGGCGGGCAUGAUGAUCUUGUAG